AGGAUCAAGCGUCCGUCUGUGACUCUUCGCAGGACCCGUCCGCUAUACCCAUAAUUCACCGCGCUGAGACAAAAUGAAGGAAUACAGCCACUGCGGGAGAACAAUGUUUGGGCUCUAAAGAUUGAAACGGACGACCAAAGGUGAAAUAAACCAGCCGAAAGAGCUAUUGGUGGUCAUGUACUGGAUGGUUCCGGUUGGCUCCCUUUAGUUGAACUUGCCCACCACCACCAAGUUCAUCAUGAGCAUCAUUCAAGACAAACUAGGUAAUGACUUCCUGCGCUCCAAUGGGAGCAUGGACUCCAACUUCUCCCCUGGCAUGAUCAUGUUCAGUCACCUGCCCCCUGUGACCAGCUUCACCCGGCUGGCCACCCAGUCUGUUAUGCAGGACCUGCCAGGCCCCCACGAGAUGAUCCUGAAGAAGGAGCGGGACUCUCCAGACUGCAGCAUGGCUGGGGUGGGCGGCCUGGUGGAGUAUGGCGGGGUGGGGGACUAUGUCCAUGCCAUGGACAUCAAGCAGGAGAAGAUGACAGAACAUGACUACCGUCAGCCGCUGUACCCUGGAGGCCCGGGGAAGAGCACAGAGCUCCUGGAGGUGUCCAUGGGCAACCACCAGAACCUGCUGGUGCAUGACCUUAGCCUAGGCAACCUGCCGAGUCGGUUAGGAAAGGAGUCCUCAGGAAAGAGAGGUCGAAGGUCAAAUGGUGAAGAGGGCAAUCCCCGGAGGAAACGUGGAGAGCCCAAGCAAUCAAUGAUGCUGGAUGCAGAUGGAGGCAGCCUGUGGCCCAACGGGAAGCUCCACAUCUGCGAGCACUGCAGCGCAUCCUUCAGGAGCUCAUACCACCUGCGCAGACAUGUCCUCAUCCACACAGGUGAGAGGCCGUUCAGGUGCAGCCAGUGUAAUAUGAGUUUCAUCCAGAAGUACCUACUACAGCGGCACGAGAAGAUCCACAGCGGAGAGAAGCCUUUUUGCUGUGACCAGUGUAACAUGCGCUUCAUUCAGAAAUACCACAUGGAGAGACACAAGAGGACCCACAGUGGAGAAAAGCCAUACAGAUGUGAGACCUGCCAACAGUUUUUUUCUAGGACGGACCGAUUACUCAAGCACAAGCGAACCUGUGGAGAAGCCAUAAAGAAGGGUCUGGAGCCCGGGAUGUUGGACCUGGGCUGUGAGGACAUGGGGCAGGGCAGCUACGGAAUCACUCAGGGAAACACUGGGGCCUCGGGCCGGAAGAGGGGCAAGUCCAAAAACUCUGAGGGAGGGGAGCGCAAGAGGAAGAAAGCGGCAGGACCGGUUGAAGCAGGAGGGCUGGGCGGAGCACACAUCCACGGGGCGCCGUCGGGAGGCUACAGUCUCCAUGACUACAGCGUGGAGAAUCACACUGUGUCCUCGUCCACUCCGCCAGGGCCCAGUAUGCACCACGAGCAUCACGGCCGAUCCCCUAAGAUGGCCUUCAAGAAGGCCAACCGCAAGGCCCUGGACCAGGGGGACUUGGGGCAGGCCAAGCAGGGAAAUAUGGAGCAGGGUGUGGGGAUGGGCCUCAUGCAGGGCUCUGAGGCAAAAUCGGGUCCCACCAGCACCAACUAUGAUGACGCCAUGCAGUUCAUCAAGAAGAGGCGCUACCUUAACGCGGCCAACAGUGCAGCAUCAGGGGCCGGGGUGGCAGGGAGCAGCACCAACGAUUAUGAGGUCAACGUUGGUCACCUGUCAUCCCAGCAGUCGGUUAUCCAGGGGGUGGUCUCAGGCGUGAUGGACAGCGACUCGCCGCUGAGUCUGCUAGACUCCUCCCCCAUGGGCGUGGACAAGCACGACAGGUCGGGGAUCCCUGACGAGGUGCUGCAGAGCCUGCUGGACCACUACACCCAGAAACCAGACAGCUCGCACCACGACGUGCACUUUGACCUCAGUGACCAGCACGUGGUGCUGCACCCUGUCUCAGCAGAUGGCUCUGACCUGAGCCACGAUGCAGACUCUCCCAGCCCGUCUGGAGACAAGACGGUCAUUAUGCACGAGUACUCCCGCUUCCUGCUGCAGGCCCUGGAACGCACCAGCCACAACACAGGCUUCCCCCUGGGCCCCGGGCCCCCAGCUACAGGGCCCUUCACCACCACCCACCAACGCAACCCACUCUUUACAGACAAGCACAUGUACACUACGUCCCCUCUGGAGUGUGGCUUCGGCCAGCCGGUGGCCUCUCCCACCCUGCCCUCCUCCGUGCCAAAGUCCCACUUUGCGAUGCUGUCGGACUCUUCUCCGCAGCACGGCUUCCACCUAAACAGCCUGGAGCCUGCCACCCACCAGCAGCUUACGCCUUCUCAGGAGCUCACCGACCAGAUGGAGAAGCAACACUCCUCCUCUUCCCCCUCCUCCUACCAGAUCAGCCCGUCUGACCUGGGCAGCCAGAAGGACUCGCAGAACCUGGCUUCUCUGGACCCCUCUAAGUGCUCCUACACGAUCGAGAACUUUGCCCAGGCCUUUGGAUCCCAGUUCAAGUCGGCCGGCCGCGGCGCCUUGUCGUACGGCACUGACUCUUGCGGGGAGGUGGACCACAGGAUAAGGACGCCAGUCUCCGAAUUCUCAGGGUAUACUAGUUUGUUAGCCGACGUCAAUGAGGCAGUAAGUACAGGUUCCAAAACCCCAACAAGCCAAAGCUACAGAUAAGGGCCUGAGAGGGGACAGCAUUCUGUUGGAGGUUCAUGUUUUGUCUAUUUUUUUAUAUAUUUUUUUUUUAGUGCUCCUAUUUUAUUCUUAUUAAGUGAAGUUUUAAUUAUUAUUAUUACAUUGCCGCUAUGUGUAUGCCCCAACCCUCUCCCCAGGACUGGUCUUCAAGGACUAUUCAAAUGCAAUUUUUUAAGAUAUAUUUUUUAAGUAAAUAUCUAUGUAUUUAGUCUGUUUUUCUUGUGUCAUUUUUGGUCUGCUCGUUAAUCGUUAGAAUGAAAAGUACCUUUUUUUUUAAAGCAAACAACAGAGUAGCAAUGAACUUGUUUUUUUUCUCCCAUGAGCUUAAGGGUUUUAGCAAUCAACUUUACAAUUGUAGCUAGCAUAAUAAUGAGAAUAACAAUGAUGGCUGCAGGAAAUAGCCCAGAACUGAAAUAGCAAAAAAUAAAUAAUGAUAUUGUCUGUUACAAGGAUAAGUAUUACUCAGGAAAAAGUGUAAACGGAGGAAAUUGUAUAGUGCAGUGAGCACUCAUUUUAGAGGUGUAAAUGUGCAACUACAAAGAGGAUGCUUUGUUUGGUUAUUUCUUGUUUUAUACCUUGGUUGAUGAGUGCAACAAAUAAUGGAGGCUGCUGCCAGCUCACUUACACUGAGAACACUUUCCACUUAGCUAUAUAGAGAUUAUGGUACUUUCUUGUCAAUGUGAAACUCGUGUUUUCUUUCAAUAAGGGCCAUAUAUAUUUAUAACAAUAUAUACAUGUAUAAUAACAGCUAUAAUCAUUCUGGGGAACUGCCAGGUGAGGUAGAGGAAUUUUUUGGGGGGGUCAAUUGUUUUCCUUGUUAGUUUGAGGAGAACAUAGUGACGCUAUUCCUUGGCCAAUAGAGGUUGCUGUUGGACAGCUGUGGAAUGGCCUUCCUCAUCUUUCUCCCCUCUUCUUCCUCUUCAAUUCUGUUCUUUCCUUAAGAGUCCGAUUAGCACUUUGAGCCAUUUAAUUCAUUGAAUAAACUAAACUACCCCAUAAGAUCAUGGAAGACAUUUUGAAACAAACUGACUUGCUUUCUAAAGAGAUGUGUUGAUUUGGUUGGGGUUACUACCGUAUGCAGAUGUGGGGUUGAAUGCAUCUUGAGCACUGGGUUGUUAGGGGAAGGGGGGGCUUUGGAUGGGAUGGGAGGGGGGUGGUUUGGAACUGGGGAGUUUUUUUUAUUAGCAUUAUCUCCUGGAUGUUAUCACGUGGGGGGGGUUGUUUUAAGGAAAUGUAUUAACGGUUAAAUUGGGAGUGAACGUGUUAAGUAAUUCACUCUGUUCAGCAUCUUUGCUUUACUAUUUAAAGUUAAGUGUAUUAAAGUGGCUGAAUAUUCCUUCCCCUGUACUGAGAAAGCCUGGAAACCAUUUAAGGAAGUGAUCGUGUGAUUAAAUAUAACCCAUAUACCUAUAACAAACCCAAAGCAUUAGACAUUUCUGGUGUGCUGGCACUACCACAAUGGUAUUUUAUGAGGAAUGGGGUGCCUAGUCCUGGAAAAUGUCUACAAAUAAAUUGGGUAUGUCCCAAAUGGCACUCUAUAAAGUGCACUACUUUUGACCAGGGUGCCAUUGUGGAUGUACACAUUGUCUAAAUGAAAUGUACAUUUCUCUGUGCAUGUGUCUAAUGCAUCGUUUGAUUAUGUAAUUUCUUGUGGUCCUGCAAUGAAUCUUUAAUUUAUUUGAUGUACUUUUGUAAAUCAAACAAUUGCAAUUUCUUCCAUAGCCACGACUGGCCUUUUGUGCUAGAAAUGCUGUCACACUUUUAAAAAAUAUAUUCUAUUUUUAUUUAUCCUUUUAUUUCCGUAUGCCCCUUUUUUGUCUUGCAGUCAUUCAGCCAUGUUUCAUGAUUCUGUGACUUUGCAAUAUCAUAGGGAACAAUGACUGACCACUACAACCAUGCUCUGUUUUUAUUGGAUAGGUGGCUGAGGUGAACAAUAAUGCCAUUGACCUUUUUCUAUACCUCGUUAUCACUAAACACACAAGCAGGGACAGGACAAAAGGUUGGAUGUAUGGAGCAGAGAUGCUGUUGUAUGUGGCUAUUUUAAAACAUUGUGUUAAUGACAUUUAUUGGUCGAGGGUAUGUUAUUGCUUUAGGGUUCUGUAAAUGCCUAAUCUUGCCAGCCAGUGUUGCAGUCUACAGUUCAACUCAUUGUCUCCAAGGUAACAUUUGUUACUUUCUAUAUUGUAUGCCUAUUGUUUACAAGAGAAUUUACAAAACACUACAUCUAAAUCUUGCCCCGGAUGAUUAUUAUUCGCAAAACUUUUUUUGUCAGUUUACAAAAUUUGUAGCUGACGUUAUCUUCCCUCUUAUUUUGUUCCAGAUUCUUGUAAUGAUUUUCAGGGCUGUACCUGUCCAGUGAAUUUAUAAUUGAUUAGGGGAAAUAAAUGCUGUUAUCGAGAUUGUU